AGUUGCAAGCGAACGCGUCCGCGGCCCGGAGCGAAGCACAGCGUCGCGCAGCCGGAGUGCCUCGUCCUCGCAGUGUCCUCGCAGAGUCCUCGCAGAGAGCUCGAGCGUCUCGCCGAGCCUCGCCCGCCUUCCCUCCGCUACAGUGACUCCAGUGCCUCCAGCGACUGCAGCAAGGACGGCGCUGCCGCAGGACGGGCCGGCACCGCCAUCGGUCAUCUACUCCAGGCACGCCGGGCCGCCAGGCCGCCAGGCACAGGGCUCAGACUCUUCCUGGAGCGCGGCGCGCCGAGCGUGAACAGAGUGAACACCGUCCAGUGAGUCAUCAGUCUUGUCGGCGAGCGAGCGCGCCAGCCGCGCCAGCACACCGGAAGGCGAGAGGCAGAGGUGAGACCGGUGUGCUGGGCGUAGUCCGCCCCGCCGUCUCGCUGGCCUCAAGGAGCCGCCUGUCAAUCACCUCGCCGGCGACGCCGUCCGCGUGUCCGCGUCCACGACGUCACGCGUCGACGCCGUGCCCCAAUCGCCGCCACUGUAAGUGCCCAGUGUCCAGUGCGGGCUGCAGGCCGAUGCCUCCGCGGCCUUGAGCGGCCUGGGCGCGGCGCGCGCACCGCCAGCACAUGGGUCUUGGAGGCGCCCCGGGCGCCGUGGACGACGAAGCGCCCCGCCAACAGGGAGCCUCCUUCGACGCGCACUGAGCUUCACCGCCGGCGCCAUGACCGCCUUCCCCGACGACGACGCCGUGGAGGCCACCACGGCGCUGCCGGACGACGACUGGGACACGGUGCCCGCGCUCAGCGGCGCCACCACCACCACCUCGGAGACCAUGGUGCUGGGCGUGCUGCUGGGCAUGUCCGUCAUGUGCGUGGCCUGCGUCGCCUCGCUCUGCAUCGCCAGCCUCGUUCGGAAGCUGCGUCUGCGCGCGCUGCGGGACAUGGAGGCCAAGGCGGUGGACGUGGAGGCGACGCUGCCCAGCUACACCCUGGUGUCCGGCCUGCCCACGUACGACGAGGCCCUGGACCAGCUGCAGCGGCGCCGCGAGCUGCGGAGGUCGUCGUCGGCGCAGCGCGCCAUCGAGGUGGCCGUGGCGGCGGCGCGCGCCGCCGGCAACCUCAUGACGGUCAAGAAGCUGCAGGCCGUCCGACAGCUGUCCGUGCACAGCCUGCUGCAGUACACCUUCCGAUCCAACUCGUUCGACAAGGGCUGGACCGGCCAGAGCGGCUAGGCCUGGGCCUGGGCCUGGAAGACAAGACUGCGGGGGGCAGCCAUUGCUCCUCCUCCAUCACCGUGACUGACAGUGUGUCGUGUUGUUGUUCCUGUCCUCGCUGUGAGUUCAUUCGAAAGGCUGCGUACUUAAUUUAUUACUCAUAGAUGUCUGUUAUUUAUAAGUAUUUAUUGUCACGUUUGUACAAAUACAGAUCAUGUAUACUGCCUCCGAAUAAAUGGCGUCCCAUUUCGAAGCCUCCACCUGCACUCCCACACUCAGAAAGGUAAUCGCCGAUUGCGGCAGUAGCGGCAAGGACUCGAAGGACGAGUCGGCUUGCUUCGAGAACGG